CAAUUGUGAAACGAACGAUAUCGUCGUAUUUUGAUUUAAGUGAUUACCAAUUUUAUUUUGUUCGGUAAAGAAUCAAUUUUCACUCCAGUUUUAUUACUAUCGCAUUAAACUAUCCAUUUAGUUAUUAGUGUGCAAACUUAUCGCAUCAAAUACCAUGUCCGUAAUGUGAUAUCGGAAGGCAACCUGCUGUGUACUCUUCAAUUUUGACCAUGAAAUCUAGUAAACGAAGACUGCAAGCACUAACCGAAGGAACAGAUGGAAACCUACCUAGUUAUCUCAAAAUGGAAGACUCUGAAACAUCAAUCCCACCCGUAUUUAGGUCUCGACUACAUGAGCUAUUUUCUCAGAUAGAGAAAGAGUUCGAUCUUUUGUACACGGAAAACUUAAAUCUACAAGAGAAGAUAGACAUAUUAAGUGAAAAGCUGGAGAGAGAGAGUUAUCUGGGGGACAAGCAGAAUCCAGAUUACAUUGAAUUUGAAGCCACGGGGAAAAAUUCAAAAACCAAAUUAUCCCAGAGCAACUCCCAGAAAGUGAAAGCGAGCCACAAGCUGCGAGUGCAGACCAGCAAGAUUGUGUCCAGCUUCAAAGCGCCCACUUACAACUGUCAGCUGGUCCGGGAGUUCACCGGACACAAGGAUGGCAUCUGGGACGUGUCCUCGGCUAGGCCGGGACAGGCGCUUAUUGGGACAGCUUCAGCUGAUCACACGGCGUGCGUUUGGAGCGUGGAAUGGGGCAAGUGCCUGCUCCAAUACACGGGGCACGCGGGCUCCGUCAACUCCCUCCGGUUCCACCCCAGCCGCGACAUCGCGCUGACGAGCAGCGGCGACAACACGGCGCACGUGUGGCAGGCGGCCGUCAACUGGGACCUGCCUCGCGGCCAAUCCUCCGAAGAAGAAUUAGAAGGCGGCGGCGAAGAGAGCCUCGGGGAAGGCAGCGACCGUCCGGAAGUACUGCGCACCCCGCUGACCGAGCUGGGCGGACACUCCGGGGUCGUGGUGGCCGCUGAUUGGCUGACGGGCGGCGACCACGUGAUCACGGCCUCGUGGGACCGGACCGCCAACCUGUACGACGUCGAGACGGGGGACUGUCUGCAGAUACUCAUGGGACACGACCACGAGCUAACACACGCAUCCGCCCACCACAGCUCUCGACUCGUAGUGACGGCCUCGCGGGACACCACGUUCCGGCUGUGGGACUUCCGCGAGCCCAUACACUCCGUGUCCGUCUUCCAGGGACACACCGAGAGCGUUACCUCCGCGGUUUUUACCCGUGAAGAUAAAGUGGUGUCCGGAUCUGAUGAUCGCUCAGUAAAGGUGUGGGACGUCCGCAACAUGCGCAGCGCCUUGGCCACAAUCCGUUCCGACUCAUCCGUGAACCGAGUCGGCGUCAGCAGCACCGGCCUCAUCGCCAUCCCGCACGACAACCGGCAAGUGCGGCUGUUCGACCUGCAGGGGCAGCGGCUCGCUCGCCUGCCGCGCUCUAGCCGACAGGGCCACCGCCGCAUGGUGACGUCAGUAGCGUGGGCGGAAGACAUAUCGCCGAACAUCAACUUCUUCAGCUGCGGCUUCGACCGCCGCAUCCUCGGCUGGUCCAUCCAACCCUCCAAAGAUAAUUAGUUUUAUUUGAACACUGUUUUACAAAAGUUUUAACUACACGCACACCGCUAUGAACACUAAUAGAUUACGUGUAUUUAACAGCGAAUUGGCUAUGCACAAAAAAUUGGAAACGGCUUGUUGGAAGCUGAUUUUUUACGCAAUGUCUAUAGUCUGGCAAACCAAUUUUGUCAUUGCGAAAAAGCGGCAUAUUUGAAAAAUUUAAGCGCAUAACCUCCCUCCUUCAUAUAAACUUUGAAGUUCGCCUUUUCUUAAUGACAAAUUGGGUUGCCAGACUAAAUAAUCGUUGCGAUUCGUCGACGCACAACAGAUCAUUCGUGCAUUUCUUACAUCCGUUUUAAUUUAUCGAUAAAUAACAGAAAUAAACAAGUAAAGAAUCAAAUUCUAUGAAAUACGGUUAAAACAGUCGAAAGAGCUGUUUAUAACGUAUGUAAGUCAUAAUGUGCAAUGAAAGAAUGUACAUAUCGGUUCCAAUGGAAUUUAUAUUGCAUAAGGUGGGCGUUUCGAAAAUAAUUGUAUGUCGUAAUCUAGUCUUGUCUUUUUGUAAGGUCCCAUUGAUAUACGCUCUGCAGUACCAUUCUGUGUGUGGGAUAAUGUGUGACCCUGUCUCAUUUACUUUGAUGAGUUUUUUUGGAAUGGUUCAUGUUUCUUAUAGUAUACAACUAAGGGGCUUCGAUACUAACUGAUCAAAUAAAUUUAUUUUACAUGGAAGUUUAUGGGGUUUACCAGAGUUAAAAGCUAUGGUAGGGAGUAGAGACAAUUAUUAGACUUCUAUCUGUGACUGAAAUUAGUCUUCAAAUUAUAAUAAAUGGAAUUAGCGCUGUAAGUGUAAAUCAAUAUGUAAAAAUCGGCCGAUUAAAUUAUAUAUAGGAAUUAUCAUUCCAACUUUCAGUGGCAAAUACCUCUAAUUUUUGAAUUAAUUAGUGAUGAUAGUAAUGUUGCUUCCAAAUUACGGUAAGUUGAAAGUAUAAUACUAGGUUAAGUUAAAUACGCGAAACAGCGCAUUCCUAUAAAAACAAAAAUAUUAAAUUAGAGCAACAAG